CACGGCCAGGCCCGCCCCAACCCCGCUGCGCCAGCGGGGCCUGCCCGAGGUGGGAGAGGAGGAGGAGGAGGAGGAGGGACUCCGCAGCGGCAACAACUGACGUGUCCCCGCCAUGGAGCUCGGCGUGAUUCAUCAGCGGCAGCGGGGCGGCAGCGGGGCGCUGCGCUCCGCUCCCGCCUAGGCACUGCCGCGGCGGGGACAGCCCCGGCACCGCUCCGCCGCCCGCGCCGCCCUCCUCCUGCCUCCUCCUCCUCUUCCUCGCCGCUUCUCCUCCUCCCUCGCGGCUAGGCGAAUAUCCCGGGGGAGGCAAGAUGGAAGAAAUCCUGCGAAAGCUGCAGAAGGAGGCGUCGGGGAGCAAGCACAGGGCCAUCAAGGAGAGCUGCACCUGGGCCAUCGAAACCUUGGAUUCUCCCGAUGCUGCUAUCAAGAUACCACCAUAUCAGCUGAGGGAGAAGUGUCUCCUUCCUCUUCAACUGGCUCUGGAAUCAAAGAGCAUGAAGCUGGCCCAACAGGCUCUAGCAGGGAUGCAGAAGCUGCUGUCUGAUGAGAGGUUUGUAUCCGUGGAAACAGACUCAGAUGAGAAACAGUUGCUUAAUCAGAUGCUGAAUGCUGUCAAAGUGACUCCAUCGCUCAAUGAAGACCUGCAGGUUGAAGUGAUGAAGGUCUUGCUCUGUAUAACAUAUACCUCCACCUUUGAGCUGAAUGGGAGUUCAGUGUUGAAGAUUGCUGAGGUUUGCAUUGAGACAUAUGUAUCUAGCUGUCACCAGCGGAGCAUUAACACCGCUGUGCGGGCAACCCUCAGCCAAAUGUUGAGUGACUUGACUUUACAGUUACGACAAAAGCAAGAAAACAUGAUAGUUGAAAACCCUGACAACUUGCAGAAAUUCAAGAGUCAAGGUGCUUCAACUGAGUCUCUUUGUGAUGAUGUUGUAUCUGUCCUCACUGUACUCUGUGAGAAGCUCCAGGCUGUCAUAAAUGACAAUCGUCAACUUCAGCUUCUUUACUUGGAGUGUAUCCUCUCCAUGCUGAACAGCUCCUCCCCCAGCAUGCACCAGCACAAAGGAUUCACUGAUCUAAUAUGGAAGCAACUGUGUCCAGCCCUAAUAGUAAUCCUGGGAAAUCCAAUCCAUGAUAAAACUAUCACCUCUGCCCACAGCAGCGUCUGCCUUGAGGCUGAUUCCCCUUCCUCAGGGAUCUCUGAUCAUGGCCGGGGUUCAGGUUGUUCUUCCACGGCCCCUGCCCUUAGUGGGCCCGUUGCACGGACCAUAUAUUAUAUUGCAGCAGAACUGGUUCGACUGGUGGGGUCAGUGGAAUCCAUGAAGCCUGUGCUACAGUCUCUGUAUCACCGCAUGUUGCUUUACCCACCACCUCAACAUCGAGUAGAAGCCAUCAAAAUUAUGAAAGAGAUACUUGGCAGUCCUCGGCAGCUUUGUGAUUUGGCAGGGCCCUGCUCUUCUGAGUCAGAAUCCAAGAAGAGGUCUAUUUCUAAAAGAAAGUCCCAUCUGGAUCUUCUCAAGCUUAUCAUGGAUGGGAUGACGGAAGCGUGCAUCAAAGGCGGUAUUGAAGCGUGCUAUGCUUCAGUGUCCUGUGUCUUUGCCCUGCUUGGAGCGUUAGAUGAGCUGAGCCAAGGGAGGGGUCUUAGUGAAGAGCAGAUCCAGCUGCUGCUCCAGCGUUUGGAAGAAUUGAAGGAUGGGACCGAGACAAGCAGGGACUCCAUGGAGAUCAAUGAUGCUGACUUCAGGUGGCAGAGACGCAUCCUGUCCUCAGAGAACCCUGCCUGGGAAUCAGGAAAUGAGAAGAGUCCUGAUAUCAGCAUUAGCGUUACCACAGACACUGGUCAGACUACUUUGGAAGGGGAUAUGGGACAAACAACUCCAGAGGAUAAUCCAGAAAAUCCAAAAAACUCCCUGCCCUCUCCAGCUGGACAUGAAAGCAAAGAGAUUCAUUAUAGAGAACCAGAGUCAGAAACCAUUGACCAGCCAGAUGUUGUUCAAAGAAGCCACACCAUAGUCUAUCCAGAUAUAACUAACUUUUUAUCAGUUGACUGCAAGACCCGGUCCUAUGGAUCCAGAUACAGUGAAAGUAACUUCAGUGUAGAUGACCAGGACCUUUCUAGGACUGAGUUUGAUUCAUGUGACCAGUAUUCCAUGGCAGCAGAAAAGGAUUCGGGCAGGUCUGAUGUCUCAGACAUAGGCUCUGACAAUUGUUCCCUGGCUGAUGAGGAGCAGACCCCACGGGAUUGCCCGGGUCACAGGUCCUUACGCACUGCUGCUCUCUCUCUGAAGCUGCUGAAGAGCCAAGAAGCAGACCAGCACAGUGCACGGCUCUUCAUCCAGUCACUUGAAGCACUUCUUCCUAGGCUUAUAGCUCUUCCCAGCAUAGAAGAAGUGGAUGGAGCGCUGCAGAGCUUCUCUUCAACAUUCUGCUCAGUUACUCACCUUAUCCACGCCCCCAAAGUGACGACAGUGGAAAGUCCGAGAAGGCAGCAGCACAGAGCUUUCAAACCCUCACGAGGUAUGAUGCACUCACCAGGAUUUGAGGGAAACCUAAAUUUCAACUUCCAGACUCUGAUGAAUGCAGACAGUCUCUAUGUGGUAUCACAUUACACUUUGCUGCUCAACCUAAAAUUGGCAAACUCAGAUUACUACAGGAAGAAGCCUGCCCAAGCCCCCGUGUUGCUGAAGGAGUUCAUGAAGCAGGUCCAAUCCAGUGGAGUGUUGAUGGUAUUUUCCCAGGCAUGGGUUGAAGAACUGUACCACCAGGUACUAGAAAGGAACAUGCUAGGGGAAGCUGGAUACUGGGGAAGCCCUGAGGAGCACAGCCUUCCACUUAUCAGCAUGCUGACAGACAUCGAUGGCUUGGGCAGCAGUGCAAUCGGCGGCCAAUUGAUGGCAUCUGCUUCAGCUCAAUCUCCUCUUUCCCAGAACCGGAAGACAGAUGAUUCUGUUGUUGCAGGAAUUGCUUUUGCCCGAUACAUUUUAAUUGGCUGUUGGAAGAACCUGAUUGACACUUUGUCCACCCCGCUGACUGGCCGCAUGGCAGGCAGCUCCAAGGGGCUGGCCUUCAUCUUGGGAGCAGAAGGAGCCAAAGAGCAGAACCAGAAGGAGAAGGACUCCAUCUGCGUGAGCCUGGAUGGACUAAGGAGGGCAGCCCGGCUGAGCUGUGCUCUGGGAGUUGCUGCCAACUGUGCAUCUGCUCUUGCCCAAAUGUCUGCAGCCUCCUGUGUCCAAGAAGAGAAAGAAGAAAAAGAAAUCCAAGAACCCAGUGAUACUAUAGCUCAAGUGAAACAGAAAGUGGAGCAGAAACUGGAGCAGAUGGGGAAAGUGCAGGGAGUCUGCCUGCACACUGCUCAUGUUUUGUGUAUGGAUGCAGUCCUUAAUGUGGGUCUGGAGAUGGGAAGCCAUAAUCAGGACUGUUGGCCUCAUGUAUUCAGGGUGUGUGAGUACAUCAGCACACUGGAGCACACCCACUUCAGUGAUGGUGCUGCCCAGCCCUCCCUUACCAUCACCCAGUCCCAGCAAGCACCUGGAGGGCAGCACCCGGACUCUGAGCCUGGGGAGGCUCCUCAGGCACUGACCCCCGAGCAAGAGACCACCCUGAGCAGCCACCCUGUCAUUCAGCCAGUUUCCAUCCAGGAUCUCAUCAAGGACAGCAGUAAGGGCAGAGCUUUUGACUUCCGUGGAGGCAGUCUGCUGUGUGGUACCAGUGCUGCCAAGGCUGUUCUCACGCUCUCCACACAGGCUGACAGGCUUUUUGAAGAUGCUGCGGACAAGUUAAACUUGACGGCAUUGGCAGGAUUCCUUUACCAGCUCAAGAAGGCUUCUCAGGCCCAGCUUUUCCAUUCAGUCACGGAUACAGUUGAUUACUCACUAGCAAUGCCAGGUGAAGUAAAAUCUACCCAGGACAGGAGAAGUGCUCUUCACUUAUUCCGGCUUGGUGAUGCCAUGCUCAGAAUUGUGAGGAGUAAAUCCCGCCCGCUGCUCCACCUCAUGCGCUGCUGGAGCCUGGUGGCUCCUCACCUCGUAGAGGCUGCCUGUCACAAGGAGAGACACGUGUCUCAGAAGGCUGUCUCCUUCAUCCAUGACAUCCUCACGGAAGUGCUGAUGGACUGGAACGAGCCUUCUCACUUUCACUUCAACGAGGCACUUUUCCGCCCCUUUGAGCGCAUCAUGCAGCUGGAGCUCUGUGAUGAGGAUGUCCAAGACCAGGUGAUCACGUCUAUAGGAGAGUUGGUGGAAAUGUGUUCUACCCAGAUCCAGUCGGGAUGGAGACCCCUGUUCAGUGCCCUGGAAACAGUGCACAGCAGCAGCAAGUCAGAGGUCAAGGAGUACCUCGUAGGAGAAUACUCUAUGGGGAAACGCCAGGCUCCAGUGUUUGAUGUCUUUGAAGCAUUUCUAAACACAGACAACAUCCAGGUCUUUGCCAACGCUGCCACCAGUUAUAUUAUGUGCCUUAUGAAGUUUGUCAAAGGACUGGGGGAAGUAGAUUGUAAGGAGAUGGGUGACUGUGUGCCAGGAUCAGGAUCUGCAUCUACAGACUUGUGCCUUCCCGCGCUUGAUUACCUCAGGAGAUGUUCUCAGUUGUUAGCCAAAAUCUAUAAAAUGCCCUUGAAACCCAUCUUCCUCAGUGGCCGGCUGGUUAACUUGCCCCGAAGAGCGCAGGAACAGUCAGCCAGCAGUGAGGAUGGGAUUGAGUGCAUCCUCUCUGACUUUGAUGAUGACACUGGCCUUAUCAAUGUCUGGAUUAUUCUGCUGGAAGAAUUAACAACUGCUAUAUCCAACUGUCCCCGUCAGCACCAGCCUCCUACUUUGGAUCUGCUCUUUGAGUUGCUAAGGGACGUUGCCAAGACACCUGGACCAGGAUUUGGCAUUUAUGCAGUUGUACAUCUUCUUCUUCCCACGAUGUCUCUUUGGCUCCAUCGCAGCCAUGGUGACCACUCUUACUGGGAUGUGGCAUCUUCUAAUUUCAAGCAUGCCAUUGGCCUUUCCAGUGAACUUGUAGUGGAGCACAUUCAGAAUUUCAUACACUCAGAUAUUGGUUAUGAAAAUAUGAUCAAUACUAUGUUGAAAGAUCUUUUCAAGUUACUGGUAGCCUGUGUAGCAGAACCAACAGAAAUUAUUUCCAGAGUUGGCUGCUCCUGUAUCAGGUAUGUGUUGGUGACAGCAGGGCCUGUUUUUACUGAAGAGAUGUGGAGGCUUGCAUGUUGUGCCUUGCAGGAUGCAUUCUCUGCCACUCUGGAGCCAGUAAAGAACCUGUUGGGCUAUUUCCACAGUGGUACUGAAAGCUUCAGUGGAGAUGCCUGUGAAGUGAAGGUGGCAGCCCCCUCCCUCUCACCAAGUGCUGAGGCUGAGUACUGGAGGAUCAGAGCCAUGGCACAGCAGGUCUUCAUGCUGGAGACUCAAUGCUCCCCAAAAACCCCGAGCAACAAGGAAGGGUUUGAACAUGCCCAGUCGUGUGUGCUCAUCAUUGACCUGCCACCAGAUAAGAAACCAAAUGGGCAUAACCAGAGAAGUAUUCCUUUCAGGACAAUAGUAGUGAGCUUGCUGUCCCACCAAGUACUGCUCCAGAAUUUAUAUGACAUCUUACUGGAAGAAUUUGUGAAAGGCCCUUCUAACUUGGAGGAGAAAAUGGCAAUACAAGUACCUGAAAACAAGUUGGCUGGUUUUCUCAGGUACAUCUCCAUGCAAAACCUGGCUGUCAUCUUUGACUUACUCCUGGACUCCUACAGAACAGCCAGAGAGUUUGACACCAGACCUGGGCUGAAGUGUUUGUUGAAAAAAGUGUCUGGCAUUGGUGGAGCUGCCAACUUGUAUCGCCAGUCAGCAAUGAGCUUCAACAUCUACUUCCAUGCCUUGGUUUGUGCAAUCCUGACAAACCAGGAGAACAUCACUGCAGAGCAAGUGAAAAAGAUCCUCUUUGAAGAUGAUGAGAGAAGCACAGACUCCUCACAGCAGUGUUCUUCAGAAGAUGAAGACAUUUUUGAAGAAACUGCCCAGGUCAGUCCCCCACGAGGCAAGGAGAAGAGGCAGUGGAGGGCUCGAAUCCCAUCUUUGAGCGUCCAGCCAGUCAGCAACGCAGACUGGGGCUGGCUGAUCAAGAGGCUUCACAAGCUCUGCAUGGAGCUGUGCAACAACUACAUCCAAAUGCAUCUGGACCUGGAGAACAAUGUAGAGGAGCCUCCAGUGUUCAAAGGUGACUCUUUCUUCAUUUUACCAUCUUUUCACUCAGAAACCUCCACCCCAUCAACUGGAGGGCUGUCUGGAAAGGACACACCAUCAGAAGAUGACCGAAGUCAAAUCAGGGACCCGCUGGGAGACAGCUUGACACCUCGAGGAGGGAGUGGAGAAAUAUUGCUGCUACCCCCACCCCUGAGUCCUAAACCAGAAAAAAAAGAGCAAACCAAGAAAAAAGAAUGGUGGGAGAGUGCUGGUAACAAAAUCUACACCAUAGCCACUGACAAAACCAUCUCCAAGUUUAUGACAGAAUACAAGAAGAGAAAGCAGCAACAGGCCGUGACAUCCUUCACCAAAGAGGUCAAAGUGGAAAAGAAAGGGGAACUCCUGGGUUCAAGAGGGCCAGACUCACCUGUGCUCCAGCGGCCUCAACAUCUUCUAGAUCAAGGUCAAAUGAGGCAUUCAUUCAGUGCUGGUCCAGAGAUCCUGAGACAAGAGAAAAGACCCCGUUCAGGGUCCACAGUCAGCUCCCUGAAUAUAUCUAUUAGGGAUGCAGAGGCCCAGAUACAGGCAUGGACCAACAUGGUGCUGACAGUUCUCAACCAGAUUCAGGCUCUGCCAGACCAGACUUUCACAGCCCUGCAGCCAGCAGUGUUUCCCUGUAUCAGCCAGCUGACUUGCCACGUGACAGACAUCCGUGUCCGCCAGGCAGUGCGGGAAUGGCUGGGAAGAGUGGGCCGAGUUUACGAUAUCAUCAUUUAAACCAAGCUGUGCUCAUUGCAAAGGGCAGAGGACAUGCAAGGUAUACAGCAAAGAAGUACUUGGGGUUCAUUAAUUGCCUAUUUGUUGGUGAGAAAUUAAGAAACAAUGAGCUUGUCAAUUUAUAUUGUCUGUCCACCUGAGAUUGUGUGUCCCUCACUCACACUAGCAAAGGAGGCAAAGCAUGAGUCUGUUGAGAGGAUCUGGCAUGGCCCCAGAACCCAGAACCUGUCUGUAAAUCAGGCUCCUACCAGAAGAGGUGCAUUUCAUUGCCUUCAUUUUAAUUCAAAUUUGCAGCAGUGGGAGCCACCAGAAACUGCAGCAGAAUUUCCACACUUGAAGUUAGCUGUGAGUGCAACUGUCAUGGGGGUGUCAAACCAGGUCAGUAAACCUAUUUAACUUAGAAAAUAAAUAAACAAAUUAAAUUCAGUGAAAAGGUGAGGGCUAUAGGACAAGUAAGAAGGUGACAUUUUUUAGGGUAACAUCUUCCCUUCAAAAAUUGGCAUGAGGAAGGAUAAAGAUUAUUGAAGUAACUAAUUGUGUUGCUCACUAGAGAAAGUGGAAAUUUAUUUUGCUCUAAGGGGAGCCUUUGUUGUCACAUUUGGAGUAGCUAAAGAAUCCCAGGUCUAAAAUGGGUGAGCCAAGCACAGAUAUUGAUCCUUUCAUUGCUCUUAUGGAGUAUUGCUCAAAGAGAAAUGGCACAAACUGCCCUCUCUGCAACACCACCCUGGCUGCCUCUUCACCUAUGCCUACAGCUGAGCAUUUUGCCACAUGUCUAAUUCCCUCUAAGGGCAAAAGAGAAGUUUGUUUUGCUCUUCCCUGUGAAGCUGUGGGGAAGACGCACCACAGCAAAUACCAGCAUGUGCCAGUAUCCAGCAUUCAACUAAGCAGAGUAAAAUGUCCAGUUUAAACACCACUGCAGCUGUUAUUCUACUGGAAAUUUAUGUUUGCUUAUGUCGAGCUGCUGUAGCCAGGAACACCCUUAUCACCUUGGUUAAAUGUCACUCUACUUGGAGCUGAAGCAAGAUGGAAAAUGGUAUGAAAGGGAGGUAUAUUUCCCAUUUCUCUCUCAUUUCUUGUCUGCUGCUGUAAAUAGAAAAGGACAAAUCCUCAUGGAGGUACAUCCCCCCUCCAUGCAGCACUCCUAUUGGGACUAUUACAAUUUGCUGUUAUUACUAAGAGGGAGGAGAAGGGGGAGGAUUGACUAUUGUGUUGUCAAAUGCAUAUGUGAUGCUUUUCACACUAUACAGAGCAAGGGUUACCUUGCUGCACAAGUUAUGUCACAGCCCCUGGGACAUUUCAUCUCAUACUCCCAUGCUAUAUCCUUUGUUGAUAACUUGUUGAAAAUGAGUUGAUUUUAAUUUUAGGUGACCCCUUAAUGCUGUUCUCCCAAGGCUUUUAAAAUGUGCAUGCCAACUAAAUAUACAGCUUCAGUCCCUGCUCCAAAGCGUCCUAAGAAUGUCAUCUCUUUAUGUAAGGCCUGGAUUUUGCAAAACUAACUGCUUUUAGCAUCUUAAACCUGGAAAAACAGAGGGAGCCAAGAAGCCCCACUGAACAGCCAUCUCCCAAGCUGCUUUGUUUACAAAGAGUCUGACACUACCCUCCUGCCUUUUCCCUCCAUUGCCUUCUUCCCAUUUGUCGCCUGCUGGUCUUGUGCAGGGAGUAUUUGUCCCUUUACUUUCUGUAGUGCCAGUCAUGCUGUUUCUCUUGCUUUAAAAAGUUCCUUUUGCUAAAUUGUUUAAAGGACAUUAAAAUUCUGUAAAAACACCUCUUUUCUACCACCUAAACUGACUUUAUUAAUUACUAAUUUAACAAUGUUUUCAAUUGUCAGUUUUCCCCCAACAGUUUUAAUAGUUCCUCAGGGACAGGUUAGAUUUUGCUUUGGUAUUUGGGAGAGCAGUAGCACAGUUUGAUUUCUGUUGCCAUGUCUUUCUUAUGCAUCUUUAGAUAGAGUAAAAGUUGGUUACAUUUUUUGUUAAAGUUUUUAUUUGGCAUCUAUACAGAACUGCUUUUAAAGCAGUACAUUAAUUAGGCAACAACAGAAAUCAGAAUAAUAAACCAUAUUCAAAGCAGCCAACUCUGAUGGUUUUAAUUAAAAAUGCAUUGAAUGGAUGCAGAUCCUUGCUGUACUGA